GCUCGGGCCCUGCUCCGCGGCGAACGCUCACCAGCAGCUCCGGCUCCCGUAACGGCUCCUACCGCCACCCGGCUGCUCCCACCGAUAUCUCAAACUCACUAGAACUUUCUUCCACUUCCGCUUCCGGGUCGUCUGUAGAGCCGCUUUUAAAAAAACUCCUCUGGGCACUUCUAGCCGCGUAGAGCCAUAGAGAGAAGCGCUCCCGACCUCAGCGGCGCCCUUCCUAGGCACCGCUUGCGGGUUGCCUCGCGGGAAGCCCAGCUGCCUUAUGUGGUCUCGCCUCUCGGGCAGCCUGUCCGGUCUCAGGGACCUGAGGCCUUGGAGAAAAUUCCAUUCCCCGCUGCGCGGCAUCGGGAACUCAAGAACUUAACCUUGGCCGACCCGGAGGUGGGAAGAGUUAGAGAGACGGACCAGGCGGGGAGGGCGGCUGGUGAGCUUCCGCGAUAGCCCCGGAAGUACGGUGUUCGGAAGGGUCCGACUCUAGAGCGCCUGUGAUCACCCGGCUAGGAGGAGUCGGAAGCGCGGGCGACCUGAGUGUGCGUCUGCCUGCCGGCGGGCCCCUUCCCCGUGCCCUCGUUGGCUCAGCUACGAAUUGAGUCGUGGGCGAGCCGCUCUCAGCGUCCAGUCUGGAGAACAAGGUCGUUCGGGCACCGCCCGUGGGAGACGAGGGCAGAGGAACAAUCCUGGGUUCUGAACUUGUCAUCCAAGAAACUCAGGAGUUGACAGUCUCUGCGUCCCUCACUGCCCUGGGACAGGACCCAGCAUGUCUCAGGCCACCAAGAGGAAGCAUGUGGUGAAGGAGGUGCUGGGGGAGCACAUGGUGCCCUCUGACCAGCAGCAGAUUGUGAGGGUACUCAGGACCCCAGGGAACAAUCUGCAUGAAGUGGAGACAGCCCAGGGGCAGCGCUUCCUGGUGAGCAUGCCCUCCAAAUACCGUAAGAACAUCUGGAUCAAGAGAGGGGACUUCCUCAUUGUUGACCCUAUUGAAGAGGGAGAGAAAGUGAAGGCUGAGAUCUCCUUUGUGCUCUGCAAAGACCAUGUACGCUCUCUACAGAAGGAAGGGCUCUGGCCUGAGGCCUUUUCAGAAGUGGCUGAGAAGCACAACAACAACAGGAACAGACAGACUCAGCCAGAACUCCCUGCAGAGCCACAGUCAUCAGGAGAAGAAUCCAGCUCUGAAGAUGAUUCUGAUCUCUUUGUUAACACCAACCGCAGACAAUAUUAUGAGAGCGAGGAGGAGAGCGAAGAGGAGGAGGCAGCCUGAGUCCCUGGACCCAUUUCUCCUCUUGCUCAGGGACGAGUACUUGGCUCCUCUGCGCUUGGACAUUCUCAGGGUGCUCUGCAAUUCUUCUCUAUCCCCUCCCCCUGCACGGGGGACAAGACAGGGCCCCUCUCUGAACUGAUCUUCUGCUCAAGGAGAAUUAAACCCCUGGUGGGUAAUGACUUGUGCUGGUGUCUGAGUGGCUCUUUGGAGGGAGGAGGGACUUGUGGUGAAGUUAAAAACUGCUCCUUGAUGGGUCCCCCGGGUGCAGGUCCUAAAUGGGUAAGAAAUGGAAAUGGCUGGAACCUUUCCUAGAUUCUCUCUCUCAUUGAGCACUCGUAAGCACCAGGGCCUGUGCUGUGCCUUCUGGCAUGUAUUUAAUAAUAACUGGGAGCAAUCCCUCUGUAUUGCAUGCUUACAGUUAGUACUGACUCAGCCAUUGAGGAACACAGCUCUAGGACCUAGUGCCCCCUGCCUCUAAGAGACACUCAGGAUGAAUUUCAUAGUGCCUCGUAAGCUGCUUUUCCUGGCUUUCUAGUCACUGUGACUAUAGGAGUGCCCACCUCCUUAAAUGCUGUGUGCGUCCUCUGAUUAGUGGCUUUUCUGUGGCUACUCAGACAUCACUACCCAGCUCUCUUGCAAAUUGUCAUCCCUCUUUUUUUAAGCUUUUACCUCUGGCUAUGUACUCCUUCUCCAUUGUUGACAUUGAUCUUCUAAUCACCGUUCAGACGUUGAACACUUUAACUCCCGGCUUAGAGUCUUCCACCCCUGUUUCCACCACCAUUUUCUCCACCCCGUGGAUGGGCCUAUUCAGUCUCAUCGGUGCCUACCUCAUUGAUCACUCCUUGCACCCCUGACGUUGAUAGGAGUUGCCACUCCUCUUGAAUUCAAAUAUCUGUAAAAUCACCACCUCCUGGUUUUCGUGCUUACCUGCUCAACUCCCUCCUCUGUAUCCUCAACCACAACCACAACCACCACCACCCCCACCCAGCCCCAACACACAUUCUUACCUUUAUUUUCCUAUCUUCACUUCCCUUCCUUGUGCAACAUUGAUUCCACCUACACCUUCUACUCGCUUGUCUCCCUGCCGGUUCAUCUAGUAAGAUCUAACCCUGGCUAACCCAGCUGUUCACUUCUGUGCCUGUGUUCAAGUAAAUGCUAGAGAAAACAGCCAACCUAACUCACUAGUUUUACCUUAAAUUCAUAAUUACAAACCUCAGGUGGAUGCUCAGCACUGCCUAGCAGAUCUCUGGGAUGUUGUACUUCAAAACUUGUAUAUUGUCUACCAAUUCCCCCUUCCCCUGUUAUGACCACAUACUUCAUUAUGUGUCCUCAUUACCCACCCUACAAAUGUGCUCAUGGAUUGUCCUUUAACUCCCCCCCCCCCCCCCCCCCCGCCAUGUAAUCCAGCGGGACUUAAAACUUUUCUCUUGUGCCCUGGAGCUUAUCGUCUUGUUUAAGGACUUUAUGUGAGUUUUGUUUUUUGCCAUCCUCUCUACUGGAUAUGUUAGUGGCAGAGGUGCUAUAGAAUCUCCUGUCUGAAACAAUCUGAAAGGCCUGUCACUGAUUCCACAUCGUCUCCAGCUACUGGUUCAUUUAUCUGUUCCUUGCUCACUUUACCUUAUUUUAUCUUAGUGGAGCUUUAAAUAUAUACAUGUCUAUAUAUUUGUAUGUAUGUGUAUAUAUACAAAAAAUAAACUUCAGAUGAGUUAAGGAUAUGUAUGUGUGUGUGUAUAUCUAACUUGUCUGAAAUUUAUUUUUUAUGGGAGGCAACUUUUUUUUUCCUAAAGGGGUAGUCAUUUGUCUCUAUACCAUCUGUUGAAUGGGUCAUUCUUUACUCAGAUUUAAAAUACCUUUUUAAAAUAAACUGAAUUCUUGCAUA